AUUGCCACAGCUGCAGCAUACAAGUUCCUGUUAAGCGUUUUAUUCCUGGAAUUUCUGCGCCUUGAUGUCAUUUGCAACGGUGUGUCCUCCAAGCCGUAAUGUGGUACACGAUGGCCAACGCCCAAAUAUCAUAUGAGCUUUCAGAACGAUUAAUACGAGCCAUCAGUAACUGGCAGACCUUUACAACAACUCCUGACAAUGACAUUGAGUAUCUGAUUGACCAGGGUGCAGAUGUGAAUCGUCUUCAUGGAACUCUUCUACCUCUCCACUGUGCCUGUAUGAUUCCGGACAUGGACACCCUUAAACUGCUGCUGGAGAAAGGUGCCCGGGUUAACGAUGUGGAUGGUUAUGAGCGAGCUGCUCUGCACUAUGCUGCGGAAAGAGAUGCCUUGAGUGUGGAAAUCCUGUUACAAAACGGUGCAGAUCUCAACGCCAGAGAUGGUAACCUUGACACUCCACUACAUUGGGCAGCAUUUAAAAAUAAUGUAGAUUGUGUAAAACUACUACUACAGAAUGGAGCACAUGUUGAUGCCCAAGACUUUAAUCUGGACACCCCUUUAAGUUGGGCUUCCAGGAAAGGGCAUUUUAAUGUUAUUAAAUUACUUUUAGAAUAUAAUGCGUCAGUAGACUUAAAGAAUCUACAUGGCGACACACCUUUAAUGAAAGCAGCUAUGAUACAAGUCAGUGGACUUAACACAGAUGCAGAUGAUGCAUGUCUAGAGCUGCUUCUUAAAGCCUCUGGACAAUUUGAUAUACGAUCAGAUAAUGGACAACUAUGGAGCAAGGUGGAACAGGACAAUAAGCUGAGAGAGAUGUUGAUUCCACUGUGUGAAAAUGUACGAACAUUACAGGAUAUAUCACGCCAUGCGCUUCGGCGAAAAUUAGGAUACAGAUUCCUGCCAAAUGUUAUACAUAAACUUCCUAUACCUCAACGACUUCGUGAAUUUGUCUUGCUGCAAAGAUGAAAAAUUAAAUCUUGACUGUCAAUUAAGUUAUAACAUGUUCUAUGCAUGUUCUUGUGGUACAACAAAUUUAAGAAGCAGUUAUUUGUCACAGUUAAAUCACUACAUGUACAUUUAUGUAUGUUCUAGAUCACAUGCAUAAGAAAAAUGCUCAGAGAACUGUGUCUAUGCUAAGAUAUUUUAAAACUUAGGAGAUCUCGGGUUUUAAUGGUAUAUUGAUUAAAACACGUUGUUAAGAGUAUGUAUUCUUGAUGUGUGAAGUGAUAUACAAAUUGACCAGUUAAUUUGGCAAUGUUUUGUUUAUCUUCAAAAUCCAAAAAUUGUGUUCCUGAUCAGUUCGCAACCCCUGGAAUUCCAAGGGUACAUUUUUUGUUACCGGGGGAGGUGUGGUGACCUUUGCCACUCACAACUUUAGAGAUGACCUUCAUCACUCACAACAAGAGGGAUGACCUUCAUCACUCUGAUUUAGAAGGAUGACCUUCAAAACACAAAAUAUAGGAUCUAUAAAUAUUUCAAUCGCUGCUAGUGAUGUAUUUGAUUUUACAGAGCAAUGCUUCAGUAAUAAUUCAACGAAAUUUUAAUUAACCUCAUUUCGAUUGUUCAACAUUUUCAACAUAUCAGGGUAAGUAUAAUUGUUUGUUUGCUUGCACCACCACCCCUAAAAGGUGGAUUGGUAAAUAUUCAAAUGUGUUCAAUGACAUACUAUAACAAAAUUAAUUUAUUUACACUGAAACUUUUUAAGUGAAAGGCUAGUAUUUAUUUUUAAAUCGAUAUUAUUGCGAUAUUUUAUAUAAAUAAUUCAGGUCAAUUUUUUCAAAUGGAAUGUAUAUGGUUAAUUUUUGACUUAUAAUUAGUUCAUUUUAAUGAAUAAGCCAAGUGAUAUUUGUAAUCAUUAAACUGAUUCACGCUGAUCAACAACAACCAGUUUGAAAAAGGCUAAUGACUGAAAGCAGUGUUGUUGAUCAAGGGAAGUGAUCUCUGUCAGUAUUUACAUGUAUUUAGUAAGAUAUUACAGGAUGAUGAUUUUAUCAUCUACAUUAGUAUGUAGUAAUAUAGUGUUGUUAAAGAACUCAGCGUUAUUGAUGGAGUACUGUGUAUUUCAAAGGUAAAAAUUCAAUUUCUUACUUACAAAUAUCUAUGUAUACUUAUGAAGUACAUGACUAUUAUGCAUACUUAUGAAAUACAUUAUAUGUUUACUUA